AUGUGCGUGUUUAGAGGAGAGGCUACACAUAUAAUCGCACUUGAUUGUGAGUAUGUUGGUGGUGGAACAGAUGGAAGCGAAGAUAUCCUUGCACGAGUGUCAAUCGAAGGCAAAAUUGUUUAUGACAAAUAUGUCAAGCCCCGAGAACGCAUUACCGACUUUCGCACUAGUGUUAGUGGUAUUCGACCGGCUCAUAUCGUCAAAGCGAUAUUAAAGGACCGUAUUGUAGUCGGACACGCCCUCAAUAAUGAUUUCCGAGUACUUUGUUUUCAUCAUAAUGCAAAACUGACACGUGACACUGCUAAAUGUAUGAUACUGCGAAAAAUGGCUGAUUGUCAUGGUUUUCCCUCUCUGAAAAAGCUCGCAAAAGCUGUUCUGGGCAUUGACAUACAACAAGGAGAACAUGAUUCUGUAAGUAUAACUAUGCUUCGAUGUGGUUUUAUUUGUGAAAGGCUUGCCUAUUUUCCUUUCCUAUUCUUCCUUGCUAUGUGA